AUCGUGCAGAAAUAAAGUGCACGGCGUGUCUUUUGAGUUUCAGGAUCAAACGAGCCACAAAGAAAAAGAGAGCAAGGAGAGAGUGCUGGAGAUAGCGAGUGAGAGAAAGUGUCUAUGAGAGAGAGAGAUAAUGAGUGCGAGAGCUAGCGAGGGAGUGUAUGAGUGAGUGAGUGAGAGAGAGAGAGAGAGAGAGAGAGAGGUAGGGAGUGUGAGGGAGUCUCGCUGCAUUGUGUCCCGGGCUGAAUGCGGCCCUUUAUGAGGAACGCUUAAAAGGACAUUGUGGCCGGGCCGAGCCGCUGUCUCCACAGCAACAGCCCAGGAGCGCGCAAAACUCGGAGAUAAUGGACUGAGAGAGAAAAGAGGAGUGGAGUUCCUUCUCUCCGCGCCGCUUCCUUCACGGAAUUCCCUCUGUUUCUGCUCAGACAGAAAGCCUGAGAGAUUGAGAGCGCUACAAAGCUACUAAGACCUCAGUGGACAAACUUGUGUUUUUAUACUUUGUAUGUGUGUCUGUGUAGAGGAGGAGGAGGAGAAGAAGAAGAAGAAGAAGAAGAAGAAGAAGAAAGCACAGAUGCAGAGAUGUUCUCCAAGGGUACAGUCUCAGCCCGUGACUCUUUUGUCUUUAUCCCCUCAGAAGCUGCUCAAGCGAACCAUGCUGCUGCUCCCGACUCCACCAGCCCUGAGAUAAUGCAAUGCCUAACGGUGACCAUCCCUCGAGGAAAGGAUGGCUAUGGGUUCACCAUCUGCUCCGACUCACCCAUACGAGUACAAGCUGUCGAUCCAGGUGGUCCUGCAGAUCUGGCUGGCCUCAGGCAGCUGGACACGGUGCUGCAGUUGAAUGGUCAGUCUGUGGAGCAGUGGAAGUGUGCGGAUCUCGCCCAUGCCAUCAGAAGCAGUGCCCGUGAGAUCACGGUGGUGGUGUGGCGUUCAGGACCCUCCGUGAAAUCCAGCUAUAAGGGUCUGAUCCAUCAAUCCUACAAGAGCUCCAACUACGACUCUCCCGUCUCUCCUCCCAGAACGAAGCGCGCAGAGAAAACGCCGCCUGUCCCCCCACUGCCCGCGCACCUCCGUCACCGAAUACUGCUCAACGGCUCGGAGGGGGCGAGGGGUGGCGGCAUCGGCGGCACCGGGGUGCCGUGGGGUGACAGGAGAGAGGAGGGCAAAGCCAGCACCAGGACACACACUCCGACUCUCAGAGGGACACGAGUCAAAGCGUCCAACGGGGACAAUUACAUCAUUCUCUCCCCCAUCAAUCCAGGAAGCCAGAUCCUGACACAAGUAUAUGGAGACAAUCCCACUGGAUGGAUGUACCCACCUGGAAAUGCGAACACGCCCCAGACCCAUGCCGCGCCCAGCCUGGCGAGCAGAACCAACUUCCUGCGCCGUUCAGGCAACAAAUCCAAAUCAACUGCCACGAGCUACCAGCCCAGCUCCAACUUCGCCAACUACCAGAACUGCACCAUUGUCAGAUCUCACGCCAACUACGGGGCCUACAUCAAAGUGGCGCCCAAAGUUCUCAUAUUCCCCAUCUUCGUGCAGCCGCUGGACCUGUGCAGCCCGACAAGAACUCUCCUGAUCACCGAGGAGAUGAUCCUGCAUGAGAGCAAACAUCUCUCCAUCAAGGUGACUAUAUUCAUCUACACUGAUCUGAUGUUAGUGACGAGGGAGGAUGAACCGGGUCGCUGUAACGUCCUGCAGAAUCCUCUCUUCUUAAAACAGCUCCGGCUACAGGAAGAUCAUAGUGAUGAGCUUCGCUUCUACCUCAUCCACAUGACUGAGAAGUGUGACUGUCUCCUGAGUCUGGAGGCGUACUCACUGGAGCAGAAGACGAGAGUGUGUCAGUGUCUGAGCGAUAACAUCGAAAAGCAACUUCAGCUGGAGUGCAGAGAGACGUUCAGCCCCAGUGAGCAGAUGCUGGAGCCUAAACUGGAUGAACAGUGUGAUCUGGGUGCUCAGUGGCAGCCCUCGGAGGACGAGCACUCACUCUGCAGUCCGUCUGACGCCCCAGGCACCACAGGCACUUCAAGCAGCACUCCUCUGGACGAGACUCGGCACCUUGUACCUCCUACACCUCCCCCAUCCACCGAGGGCAGCCUGAGUGACAUCUGGAGGGUGGAUAGAGGAGAGGAGGAAGAGGAAGACAAAAAGACCCCUACAGAAGAAGAAGAAGAAGAAGAAGAAAGCUCACACGGCGUUGAAGCAGAUGAAGUCGAGGAGAAGCACGAGAAAGACGAGGAUUACGACACCAAUCCUCCGGCCUCCUCUUCUUCUUCAUCCUUCAUCAUCCCCGAGUUACGUCUGGACCGCUCUUUCAGCGCCGACGCUCUGUCUUCGACCGCCACUGAUGAAGAAGAUGAGGACGAGGAUGAAGAUGAGGAUGAGGAUGAAGAUGAGGAAGACAGUGAUGAUAACUACUUGGAGCCCACUAAGAGGAGGAGCAUGGUGGAGGCGGGCUCGUGUGAGAAACACGGUGGCUCCGGAGGUCUGAGCGUACAGAACUCGCUGCGCAGACGCACACACAGCGAGGGGAGCCUCCUGCAGGACCCGCGCACCACCUGCUUCACCUCUGAUAACGCCAUCAACCGCCUGGAGGUGACCACCACUAGCAAGGGGGGCUGGACGCUGCCCUCACCCAAAACUCUGAAGAAGGAGCUGACCAAGAACGGAGGCUCCAUGCACCAACUCUGCAUGCUGUUCUCCGGCAGGAAGCUGAGCGCCGGAUCCGAGUGCAGCUGUGACGUCAGCCCUGACGGAACCAAGAAGAAGAAGUCCAAGAACCUGGCCAAAGACAUGAAGAACCGCUUGGCGUUCCUGAGGAGAAGGAAUGAAUCUCCUGGAAGCACUCCGGCCGGCAAGCUGGACAAAACUAUGAAGUCAGUCAAGCCCACGCCGGAGGAGGCGCUCAAGUGGGGAGAAUCCCUCGACAAGCUGCUCGUCCACAAAUAUGGGCUGGCGGCGUUCAGAGCGUUCCUGCGCACCGAGUUCAGCGAGGAGAAUCUGGAAUUCUGGCUGGCUUGCGAGGACUACAAGAAGAUCAAGUCGCAGUCCAAGAUGGCCUCAAAGGCUAAGAAGAUCUUCGCCGAGUACAUCGCCAUUCAGUCUUGUAAAGAGGUGAACCUUGACUCAUACACACGAGAGCACACCAAGGAGAACCUCCAGAACGUCACACGUUCCUGUUUCGACCUGGCCCAGCGGCGGAUAUACGGCCUGAUGGAGAAGGACUCGUAUCCGCGGUUCCUGCGCUCGGAACUCUACCUGGACUUAGUGAACCAAAAGAAAGCGAGCGCCACGUCUACGGCGUCCUCGUCAUAAGAGGAACCGCGGCGCAGAGAGACGCUUGACAAAACAAAAACAACAACAAACAAACAAAAAAAAAAUCAAACUAGCAUCGUGGACACUUUUGUUCUCAUCCGCCAUCCUGUCCUACGACGAGGAGAGACGAACGAGAGGCGACGAUCAGGACGGAGAGACGCCGGAACGGAAGGACCGGUCGUCCGAGCCGGAGGCUGAGCGAAGAGACGUUUGGGAGUGUCUGUAUAACGAGCGACAUCGUCAUUAUCUUUUUAAUUUAUGGUUUGGGAGAGAGUGGGGGACGGGGAUCUACUCUUCCACGCGAAGACAGUCGGGCACUGUUUUGUUUGUCGUUUCCGCGCUCUGUGCUCUCGGUACGAUGCAGACGCCACUUUUUCGUCGCUCCCAUUCUCAAGCCGUCAUGGCCGGAUCGAUACAAAGUGCACAUCCUUCCUGUCUUUCCUUCCAUCUGUGGUCAUGCACUUGUAACGAGGCAUCUCCAUCGGCGUCCCCCCAAGACACUCCCCCCAUCCCCCGCCGUCCUGAAAGACGUUUUCGAGGAACGGACCAAAACACGGGCUCUCAUGCUUCCGCACGUGGAACACGACCGUCCGUCCGCAGGUCUGCCAAGGUCAAAAGCGUGACAGUUUCUGUAAUAUUCAUUGUAGCUCCAUGUGGGGACUGGACGAGAGGAUUCUCAGGACUGCACGGCACUCAACUAUGAAGCUUUCAGGCUCGUUGGACCUUAAUUUCACAUUUUUUUUUUGUAUAUAUUAUUAUUUUUUAUUAGGUUUAAGCCUGCACUCCAUAGAUUCUUUUAUGUUGUUGUUGUUAAUAAGAAAGAUAAUGCUUUUACCUGUACAGAAAGUAAGUUUGCAUAUUUAUUUAGAUCCUUGCUGGAUGUCUCGUUCAGUUCAUUGCACUCGGUUAAACAAUACAAAAGAAAGCACCCGUCCUACCUACCUUCCCCCCUGCACCCCCUCCCUCCCUCCCUCCCUCUCCCUUUACCCAUGAUCCUCGACCGGUCCUUAUGUAAGUGCAAUACGUUUUUAUUGUUUUUGUUACUCCGCUUAUCUUUUGGAUAAGUUUCACUUUGACGAUGGAUUUUUAUUUGUUAAAAUUCGACCCCGCUCGAAGACUGAGUCGCAGUUUCAAGAGAGUAUUUAGUUGAUAUUAAGCGCGUUGUUAACUGUGUACAUCCUGGCAGCAGGCAGCCGGGGGUUUAUGGGUGUAAAUAUAAUUCGUAAGAAAAGAAUAAAACGAAGAAAAAAGACAAAAACACAAGGUCUCGUGGGGGAAAUCCCACGCAACACCGCUGUAUGUAUGUAUGUAAAUACUCAGAGCCUCAAAGCUAUAAAAUGACGUAACGUUAUCAGAAAAAAAUCAAUAAAUAAAAAAGGGGGGAAAGUCGUUGGGUGAAAUCCACCUUUUCCUUGGUCAUACACUGCUUGUAAGGGGGUUACGAAAUGUAUUUUAUCAUUUUCACUGUUUACAAUUCAGACGCAUCUCCUAAAAUAGCAAGCGAAAAAAAAGAAAAUAGAGAGAAUACUUUUGGUGUCAUUGUAAAAAAAAAAAAAGGAAAAAAAAAGAAAAGAGAAGAUAUAAUAAAACAGAUGAAUGAUAAAACUGA